CCCACCUUCAUCAAACAUUGUCAGUGACAAAUCCAAUGGCGUUCCAAUUAAUUCAUUAUUAUUGUCAGAGAGAAAAUAAGGAAGAAAAAACCAGGAGAAGAAGAAGAAGAAGAAGAAGAAGAAGAAGAAGUUGGAUCCCUACAUCGUCAAUCAAUCAAUCUCCUCUUCCCUUCCCUUCCCUUCCCUGUAAUUUUUUUCUUUCUUGUUGUUAAUCAACAAACAAGAACAACAACAAGAAUGGGGUCUCAAGUCUCCAAACAAGUGGAACGAAGAAAAGCAAUCUCCACAGAGAAGAAGGCCCUGGUUGACCUCAAAAAUGGAGGAGGAACAGAUUAUCCAGGCUCCGACUACCGCCCCCCUGAUCGGAAAAACUGGAUGGCCGGCCUCGGCCCCGACAAGGUCAGAAUUCAUCAGAUAGUGUGGCCGGGCACUCACGACUCCGCCACCGACAAAAUUGGGAUCCCCCUCGUCAGCAGGCCCUUCGCGCAAUGCCAAUCCCUCUCCAUCUACGACCAGCUCAAGCUCGGCGCCCGCCUCAUCGACAUCCGCGUCCAGAAAGACCGCCGCGUCUGCCAUGGAAUCCUCCUCAGCUACAACGUCGACGUCGUCAUCAACGACAUCAAGAAGUUCCUCCAGGAAACCCAAUCGGAGAUCGUCAUCCUGGAAAUCCGGACCGAGUUCGGGCACGAGGACCCCCCGGAUUUCGACAAAUACCUGGUGGACCAGCUCGGGGAGUUUCUGAUCCACCAAGACGAUCAGGUGUUCAACAAGACCAUAUCGGAACUGCUCCCGAAGCGGGUGAUCUGCGUGUGGAAGCCCCGGAAGGCCCCCCAGCCGAACUCCGGCGACCCCCUGUGGGGGCCGGGGCACCUGAAGGACAACUGGAUCGACACGGAUCUGCCGUCCACCAAAUUCGAGAGCAACAUGAAGCACUUGGGAGAGCAGCAGGCGGUGACGCAGAGAAAGUACUUUUACAGGGUGGAGAACACGGUGACGCCGCAGGCCGAUAAUCCGGUGCUGUGCGUGUGGCCGGUGACCAACAGAAUCCAUCAGUACGCCAGGAUGUUCAUAACGCAGUGCUUCGAGAAGGGAUUCGCCGACAGGCUGCAGGUCUUCUCCACGGAUUUUAUUGACGGGGAUUUUGUGGAUGCAUGCGUCGGGCUCACCAGCGCCAGGGUUGAAGGGAAAGCUUGAUUUCUGAAUCAGCCAUGGCUGCCUGAUGUAUAUGCUGCUGCUGCUGCUGCUGUCUAUUCAUUCCACUUGUUCAUCUUUCUUUGUGUUUUUUUUUUUUAAGAAUUUUUUAGACUGUCCGUCCGGUGGUCUAUUCGAUUCUAUACUAUUCUCUAUUUAUGUGCAUUUUGUUUCAUUUCAUUUAAUUUAAUUUAGGUGCCUGCCUGCCUGCCUGAUUAUCAAUGAAUGAAUCAUCUUGUGCAAAAA